AUGCCUGGCAGACCAAAGAUGAACAGGAAGAAAUGCAUUUCAGAAAGAAGUGACAGACACACAGUUAGCAAAGUUGGGACCACUUCUAAAUGCAGUUUAUGUUCCCAACCAGGUCAUAACAAGAGGAAAUGUCCUCUCAAUCAGGUUAAUGCAGUAGAUGAUUCAGAUAUAUUUAAUUACCAUGAGCUAUUUGAGGGUGAGGGACAGGGUCAAGGACAUGGACAUGGAAAAGUCAAUGGGGUUGCUGAGGAUGUUGGAGUUGAUUUAGAGGAGGAGGUUGGAGGUGAUUUAGAGGAAGAAGUUGGAGGUGAUUCAGAGGAGGAGGUUGGAGGUGAUGAACAUAUGGUUGAUUUAGAGAUGGAUGAUGAACAAGUGGUGAAUCCUGUAAAUCAGCAUGUGGUUGCUCCUACUUUGAAAAGGAGAAAGUGUGGUCCUUCUCAGAGGAACACAAAACUUAGGUUGAGGAGGAAAGUGGUGACCAAGGAUGAUACAGGAGGAAGUCUUGAAUAUCCUCUCACAAUCUAAUUGAGUGUGCAAUUGGUUUUCCUUUUGAUUUGUUGCUACUUGCAUGCAGGUUUGAGAUUAAUGGCGAAGGAUUUGAAGGUUCGAUCGAAAAGUGAAGGAACAGUAACCUGUGAUUCUGAAGCUGAGAGCUUAAAGGACUACUGGAUACCCGAUUACAUACUGUUACAUGAAUCAAAAGUUGAAAAACCAUCAUAUGUUCCUGCUUCUCCCGUGAUAGUAUUUAUCAAUUCAAGAAGUGGUGGCCAGCUUGGUGGAGAGCUUCUACUCAGCUACCAAACACUUCUAAACAAAAACCAGGUAUUUGAUUUGAAUAAAGAGGCUCCUGAUAAGGUGCUACACCAACUAUUCCUCAAUCUAGAGAAGCAUAAACACAAUGAAGAUUCAUUCGCCUCUGAAAUCCAGAAAAGAUUGAGAGUUAUCGUGGCAGGAGGGGAUGGAACUGCUGGUUGGAUCCUUGGAGUGAUCUCUGAUCUCCACUUAUCACAGCCACCUCCAGUAGCCACAGUGCCUCUAGGAACCGGAAACAAUCUCCCAUUUGCAUUUGGUUGGGGGAAGAAAAACCCUGGAACUGAUCUUGAAUCUGUGAAGAUGUUCCUGAAUCUAGUAAAAGAUGCAAAAGAGAUGAAAGUAGAUAGCUGGCAUGUUCUGAUGAAGAUGAGAGUUCCAAGAAAAGAUGGUUCUUGUGAUCCAAUUGCACCUUUGGAAUUACCACACUCUCUGCAUGCUGUCCAUCGUGUCCCUCAAUCAAAUCCAUUGGAUGAGGAGGAGUAUCACACAUUUCGUGGAGGAUUUUGGAACUAUUUUAGUAUGGGAAUGGAUGCUCAAGUUUCAUAUGCGUUUCAUGCAGAAAGAAAGCUACACCCAGAAAAAUUCAAAAAUCAAUCUGCUAACCAUAAUGCCUAUGCAAAACUGACAUGUUCACAAGGAUGGUUUUGGGCUUCACUUUCUCAUCCAUCUUCAUGGAACAUAGCACAACUGGCAAAAGUUUCAAUCAUGAAAAAGCCAGGCCAAUGGGAAGUCCUGUCAAUACCUCCUAGCAUAAGGUCGAUAAUCUGCCUAAACUUGCCUAGUUUUUCGGGUGGACUCAAUCCAUGGGGCAUACCAAGCAGAAGGAGACUUCGUGUGAAAGAAUGGACUCCUCCAUAUGUCGAUGAUGGAUUUCUUGAAGUUGUUGGAUUCCGAAACGCUUGGCAUGGAGCUGUUUUAUAUGCCCCAAGUGGACAUGGGACCCGUCUUGCCCAGGCGAGAGGGAUUCGAUUUGAGUUCCACAAGGGUGCAGCGGAUCAUACGUUCAUGAGGAUGGAUGGAGAGCCAUGGAAACAGCCUCUGCCAACAAAAGAUGAGAAUGAGAAUGUUGUGAUUGAGAUAUCUCGUUUUGGUCAAGUCAGCAUGUUGGCUACAGGGGAGAAUCCCUCUAAAAGUGUGAAUGACCCGUUGACCCCACGGACUCCUAGUAAAGAUAGUGAGUAUGACAGUGAUGAAGAAGAGUUGGAGGAGAUUCCUGAAGAUAGAAAAAAGUUGGGGGCGGCUGCCAGUUUCAAACUACCCCAAGACUUCAACCUAUCGCAAGUCAGUUAGGUUAUUCAUUAUUGUUUUGGUUGGUAUAUAGGGUAUCUUUGUUUGUUUGUUUGUUUGUUUCAGGGGUACAAAUGAAAUGGUUCGUAGUAUACAUAUAUGAUAUUUCUUGGAUUUUAACCAUUCGGGUGGGUGUAGGGUACAAAUUGAUUUCAGAAAUUAGUUCAGGAAGGAGAGAGCCUUACUAGUGCUGUAAAUGAUUAGUUAACCUUUGUAUUUACCAAGUAAUGAAAGAGGCUGACUAUUUUGGAUGUGUUAG